AAAAAUCUAUCGAGAAAGAAUAGUCCAGAAUCUGCAUUCGUAUUGAAAGCUGAGUCGAUAUUGGCACUAUUAUCUAAUUAAAUGGAUUCAGAAAAUUAAACGAUUGCUAAAUGUUUCAAUAUUUUGGCAGCAUCUAUAGCUUCGCAUUAUUACGGAAUUUAAAAGUUGAAGUCGAGUGUUCAAUUCGUAGUUCGCAGAACGCAGUCUUUGGUGUAACAUCCUUGGUUUUCGGCCAUUUUACCCGAGUAGAAAGAGGUGGACUACAGAGAGGAGAAGGGGCAUCCCACGUGAUGGUGUAUCAUAGGUUGGACAGCGGCAGUUCGAGCUCUGCUGCCUUCCAACAGGAGUCCGAGGCUCCCAGAGACGCCGGAGAAGACUCGGGGGGACCACCAGGCGGACCUGAAGAGGGAGGGUCUUUUCCAGAACGACGGCAGUCAUGGGAAGGGAUGGAUGAUGAUAGGGGACCAGGAAAUUAUAGAACAAGAGAAGGUCGAUACUCUGAACGUUCGAGGUCACGAAAUGGUAGAGAUGAGAGGUUUCCAAGGAGUGGAUUUAGAUCUAGAGACAAUCGUUAUUACAAUCGAUCACGUUCAAGGGACAGAAGGGGGGGCAAUGUAAGGGAACGUGAAAGAAUUGAUGACAGGUUUUAUGACAGUCCUAAAUAUGUUGAUAGGCAAAGGUAUCGUGAAUCAUCACGCUACCACAGAGAAUCCAGGUCAGGUGAAGGAUAUGAAGAAAGUUCUCGAUACAUCGAAAAAUCGAGAUACUCGGAAGAGUCAAGGCAUUUUGAAGAUUCAAGAUACAAUGAUUCCAGAUAUCGUGAUGAUCAGAGGUGUUCAGAAGACAGUAGGGGCCCAGAUGGUCAGAGGUACUCUGAACAGAGAUUUCGUGAUGAUUCAAGGUUUGAUGAUAGGAGGUAUGGUGAAAAUUCAAGGUACGAUAAUGAGCCAAGGUACUCUGAGAAUUCAAGGCGUUAUGGCAGACACCGGGAAAAUAGUGGCGAUGAUUGGCACUCAGAAAACAGGUCACGUCACAGAGAGGAGAGGUACCGUGGUACGUCCAGGUACUCGGAUGACGAAGCCAAGUAUGGAGAAAGCUCAGUUAGAUGGGACAAACCAGUUACAGCUUAUGGAGAAAUGGAGGAAGAGGAUGAUGAUGAUGAUGAUGAUGAAGAAUCGAAAGGAGAUGUUGUUGAACCUCCAAGAAUUCAAAAUGUUUUCCAGAAUGAUGGCAGCUUUUUGGAAAUGUUUAAGAAGAUGCAAGAAGCCAAUAAACCUCCAGAUGUUAAGGAAACUGAGGAGGCAGGACAGAGUGCCGAGAGCAGUGUACCUGCUACAGCAAGUUCUCCAGAGACAACUGCACCAUCUGUUGGUUUGAAAAGACCAACUGCGUCCCUUGUUGGAAAACGCCGUGGUGGUAGAGUGCUCCCUACAGGAAUGGUGAAAAAAGUAAGGAAGGUGGAGGAAGUGGAAGAAGAACCACCAAAAGAUGCAUGGUCCCUUUAUAUGGCUGAGGUGCGCAAAUAUAAGGAAGCCUCGUGUGAAGAAGAGGGAAAAACAAGGCCACUUGUUAAAUAAAAUGAAGGACUUUUAAUAAAUUUGUUUAAUAGGUGCGAAAAGAGAUCAUCGUA